CGGCAGCGCCGGGGAGCGAGCGGGGCGCUGGAGAGGGCUUUGGACAUUGGGGCGAGCCGGCCGACGAGGCUAUGGAUUUAUUGAGGACUAUCGCUUACCAGCCGAGCAGUACCGGAGCCGGGAGCAGCAGCGGCUGCGGCAGCACCGGCAGCAGAAGCAGCGGCAGCAGCAGCAAGAUGGGCGAGCAGGCGCUGGGCAAAGCCUGCCACGGGGAGUCUCGGCGGAAGAAGGCGGCGGAGUCGUCGUCCGAGCAGCAACAUCACCACCACUAUCCGCACUCGGCCAGCGAGAUCUCUCGGAUUAUUACUGACCCCACCACGGGGAGGCGAUACUGCCGUGGCAAAGUGCUGGGAAAGGGUGGCUUUGCAAAGUGUUACGAGAUGACAGAUCUGACCACGAACAAAGUCUAUGCUGCAAAGAUCAUUCCUCACAGCCGAGUAGCCAAACCUCAUCAAAGGGAAAAGAUUGAUAAAGAGAUCGAGUUGCACAGGAUGCUCAACCACAGGCAUAUCGUGCAGUUCUACCACUACUUUGAGGACAAAGAGAACAUUUACAUUCUCCUCGAGUAUUGCAGCCGAAGGUCUAUGGCUCACAUUUUGAAAGCAAGGAAGGUAUUGACAGCACCGGAAGUGCGAUACUACCUCAGGCAGAUCGUGUCGGGACUAAAAUAUCUUCAUGAGCAGGAGAUCUUGCACCGAGACCUAAAGCUAGGUAAUUUCUUCAUUAACGAGUCCAUGGAAUUAAAAGUGGGUGACUUCGGAUUGGCAGCGAGGCUGGAACCGCUGGAACACAGGAGAAGAACCAUCUGUGGCACACCAAAUUACCUUUCCCCGGAAGUCCUUAACAAGCAAGGGCAUGGCUGUGAAUCAGACAUCUGGGCCUUGGGUUGCGUCAUGUACACAAUGCUACUGGGAAGGCCUCCGUUUGAAACAACUAAUCUGAAGGAAACCUACCGGUGUAUAAGGGAGGCGAAAUAUUCCCUGCCGUCGUCCCUGCUGCCUCCUGCAAAGCACCUGAUUGCCAGCAUGCUGUCGAAAAACCCCGAAGACCGGCCCAGCUUAGACGACAUUGUUCGGCAUGACUUCUUCUUGCUGGGCUUCACUCCCGAGAGGCUUCCAGCUAGUUGCUGUCAUACCAUUCCUGACUUCAACUUGUCAAGCCCGGCUAAGAAUUUCUUCAAGAAGGCCGCCGCCGCUCUCUUUGGGGGCAAGAAGGAAAAAGCAAGAUAUUUCGACACACACAAUCGACUAGCUAAAGAAGAUGAAGAAAUCUAUAAGCUUAGACAUGACUUGAAAAAGGCUUCGAUCACCCAACAGCCCCUGAAACAUAGGCCGGAGGAGGAGAUCCAGCCUCCCAGCACUGCUGUAGCCAAACCUGGCAUGUUGACGGAGACUAAACAGAUAGAUGCUAUCCGAAUGAUAGUUCGGGGGACACUGGGAAGCUGCAGUAGCAGCAGCGAAUGCCUUGAAGAUAGCACCAUGGGAAGUGUAGCUGACACUGUUGCAAGGGUGCUGCGUGGCUGUUUAGAAAACAUGCCAGAAUCUGACCAUAUUCCCAAAGAACAGCUGACUGCCUCUUUCCAGUGGGUCACGAAAUGGGUGGACUACUCCAACAAAUAUGGCUUUGGCUAUCAGCUGUCGGACCACACUGUGGGUGUCCUCUUCAACAACGGUGCACAUAUGAGCCUUCUUCCGGACAAAAAAACAGUCCAUUACUAUGCAGAGCUUGGUCAGUGCUCAGUUUUCUCCGCUACUGAAGCCCCGGAACAAUUCAUCAGUCAAGUGACUGUUCUGAAGUACUUCUCUCACUAUAUGGAGGAGAACCUCAUGGAUGGAGGGGAUCUCCCCAGCAUAACGGAUGUCCGCAGACCCAGGCUUUACCUCCUGCAGUGGUUAAAAUCUGAUAAGGCGUUAAUGAUGCUCUUCAAUGAUGGCACAUUUCAGGUGAAUUUCUACCACGAUCACACAAAAAUCAUUGUUUGCAACCAAAAUGAGGAAUAUCUUCUUACGUACAUCAAUGAAGAUCGGUUAUCUACAACGUUCCGCUUGACCACGCUUCUGAUGUCUGGGUGUUCGCUGGAGCUAAAGCAUCGAAUGGAAUACGCCUUGAAUAUGCUGUUGCAAAGAUGUAAUUAAAUUAAAAAGAACUCUUCUUCAAAACCAAAAGGACUUCUCUCACUGAAGUCUACAGUGGAGGCAGUUUGGGGAGGAAAAUGCCCAGAGUAUGUUGAUGGAUGAGUGAGAAGUAGGGACUGGUACGAACAAAUAUCUGAUCUUGUGUGCUGGGCUGGGACCAGACGUGCAGCCUGCGGUCAUCUUUGUUGGAUUAAUGGUGUGACAAGGAAUUCUUUGGAAUGUAGGCUUUCCUUUUGAAAGAGAUGAGUUGAACUUGAAGCUCUGCAGCAAAUGGUUCUGAUGGAAGACUGAAACUGUGAAUAACACUUGAGGAAUUGGGAGGGAGGGACGUGUCUCGUUGUUGUGGAAUAACUGUAAGAGGCAGCUUGGGGCUGCUUAACUGUGAACUAUGGCCAUAUCUUUUUUUCUUUUCUUAAUUUCUUCCAAGAACUGAUCACACUUGUGGCUGGCAAAGUGCAUUCCUUGUUAAUAUUUUUUAUUUAUUACAGCCCAAAGUGAAGUAUUUAUUACAUGCAUUUUUUUGUAACUGUGAUUUUUUUAAAUAUACAUUUGUUGGCAAUAAAGCGUGGGGAAAACCUGAA